AGGCUACGAAGAAGAAUUCCCUCAAACGUAAUCCCAGGCCCAAAUGCCAAGCCCAGGCCCCACUCCUCACCCCCCUCUCCUUUCCCCUUCAGCUCAUCCCUCAUAUACUCCAUCACAUAAAAUAUAGUAUUACUGCUCACAUUCCCGUAGUCCAUCAAGGCCCGCCUGCUGCAGCUCAGCUUCUCUUUCUCCAGUCCCAGUUUACUUUCCAGCCUGUUCAGUAUCGCCGGCCCACCAGGAUGCACGGCCCAGAACAACUCAUUAUACUCUCGGCCCACUAGCCCACCUUUCUCCAUCAGCUUUCUGCAAAACUCCUCAAUGUUGUCCUCAAUUUUCUGAGGCAAAUCCCUUCCCAGCUUGAAAUAAAUUCCUUCCUCCGACAACCGGCCGUCGAUGACGCCGCUCGUAUCCGGCAAGAACUGCUGCAUCGCGUGACUGAGCUCCAUAAAGGGUCGCUCGUUUCCGGUCGGGUCGGACCCGAUGACGACGGAGGCAGCGCCGUCUCCGAAUAGGGCCGCGCCAACCAGGUCGUACGGUCGGGCCUUGUUCGGCGGACGGAAUCCCAGUAUGGUUGUCUCCGAGGUCGUGAGCAGCACGCGGCUUCCGGGAUUGUUCUCCGCUAUGUCCUUGGCCACCCUCAGCCCUGCGCCGCCGCCAGAAUUAUUUUUCAGAUUAAAUAAAUACGUCCUCGCUCAGAUUUCGCAAUUUAAUUUUUUUUUAUAUUGUAAUUGAAAAUUGAAAAUGUUGAGGUGAUGGGCUUGCCUGUGACGCCGCCAUAGCAGCCGAGAAAGUAGAGCAUGACGCGGCCGACGUCGUUGUUGAGGCCGAGCUCGUUGGCCAGGUAGAGGUCGCCGCCAGGUAAGCGGAUCUCGCUGGACGAGACAUAGACUAUGUGGGUGAUGUCGGAUUUGGGCCGGGCCCAGUUGUUGAGGCAGGCCCAACUGGCUUCGGUGGCCAUCUUGAGGACAGCUGGGUUGGCUAUGUCGAGCCGCUGCUUGAUGGUGGGCGAGCCUUCUGUGGCGAGCUCCGGGUAUUGGCUUACACAGUCGCUCGAGUUUCUCCUUAAUGGCCAAGUCAUCGCAUUUGGUGUCGCGAAUGUAGCCCUCGACCAAGAAAUCUUGAGGGACAAUUUGGCUAGGGAAGGCUUUGCCAAUUGCAAGAACUGUAGCUUUUCCGGGAGUUGCCAUUCGACUCGGUGGUGGAAGAUUUUGGUUUGCUUCACUGUUAUUGGCGUUGAACUGCGACAUGGCUGCCGAAAAGGAAAA